AUGUCGAAAGAGCUAGAAGGCGUGAAAAAGAAGCGACGUUUUAUGAGGAAGUCGGUGACGGACAGUUUAAAGUUGAUUGAUGAAGGGCUUGCAGAGGAAAAUAGUCAUGCUAGAGUUCAGGUACUGAAAGAUAAUAUUUUAAGUAAAUGGAAUGAUUUAACAGAGGUACAAGCCUCGCUUUCUAUAUGUUUGGAAGACAGUGAAAUUGACAGUGAAUGUGCAGCACACAAUGAGUGUGAAAUGAGAGUUAUGGACUUUAUGGCUAGAAUUACAAAGUAUUUAAGUGUUAAUACACAUGCUGAGAACAGCAAUGGGUCUAACGAGAGUGGGUCAAGUUUGGGGUCCACAUGA